UUUUUAGGUCCGUACGCUUUUUGUCAGCGGCCUUCCUAUGGAUAUUAAACCACGUGAGCUUUACCUUCUCUUUCGACCAUUUAAGGGAUAUGAAGGGUCACUGAUCAAGCUAACAUCAAAACAGCCAGUUGGCUUUGUUACAUUUGACAGCAGAGCGGGAGCAGAAGCAGCGAAGAAUGCAUUAAACGGCAUUCGAUUUGAUCCCGAAAAUCCGCAAACUCUCCGGUUGGAAUUUGCAAAGGCGAACACAAAGAUGGCCAAAAGCAAGCUGAUGGCUACACCUAACCCCACGAAUAUGCACCCUGCCUUGGGAGCACACUUCAUUGCCCGGGACCCUUGUCCCCACUGCUGUGUCCCACCACCACGCUUCCUCCAGCCGCUAGGAUGGGAUGCUGAUCACGGAUUCCUCCAAGGCCAGUCAGUACCACCCCACAUGUGGCUGAGAGACGACCUCGCGGGAACAGCACUAAUCCCUGCAUCUCCAGAGGCCUGGGCUCCUUAUCCACUGUACACAACAGAACUGACCCCUGCCAUUCCACAUACUGCGUUCACCUACCCUGCUGCUGCAGCAGCUGCUGCACUUCACGCUCAGAUGCGCUGGUAUCCUCCAUCUGAAGCAUCUCCGCAAGGAUGGAAAUCUCGUCAGUUUUGUUAAGUAUUUAACUGCCCUCAUCCAAGAAUUCAGAUUUCUCCAUGGAGUGAUGUGCAAGGACAGACUGUGGAUUUUUGUUUUCAGGUUCGAGUUUGCUGAAGGAGAUUUUGGAUAACUGGCUCAUUUCCACUCAACUUGGAGGGGGUGGAGUGGUCACUAAGGACUGUGGAUUUAAGAACUUGACUGGUGAACAUGUGUUUUUUUUCCAUGUGGGAGGACCUAUAACCUGGCAGUCUGAUCCAUCUGAUGCAAGGACCAACAAAAAAAUGGCACCCCUGCUGUGAAGCUACAAAAUUAAAAGGUUGACAUUAAUGGAACUGGUGAAGUACAAUGACUGGCAAUGGCACACCAUAUCUAAUGUAUUUUCUUUUUUUUUAACCUUUUUUAUUUUGCAAACGCACCCCUUGGGUCUUCAUGUUUGACCCUUGUUUUUUUUUUGCCCCAGUCCCCUUUUUUAUUCUAUAGACCUGGUGCGAGCAUGGUUUGGCAAAGUAGAAUUAAGCAGUUCCUGGCUAGAGAUGCUCUUUUGGGAGGAAGCUUUCAUCACUGGAGUCUUUUUUUUUGCCAUUUUUGGAGGGAUCUUCCAGCCUGACGUUUCAGGAUGUCCACCAGUUUACUUUUGACGUUGCCACAGCCUUUUUUGUUUUGUUUAGUGCCCUUGGCUUGUUAACUUGUUUCUUCUGGAGAAAACCGUCUUGCCAAAUAUCAGCUGUUCCUGUUAAAAGUAUUUUGAAUGAUAUUGAGUACAAGUAUUUUUGUACUGGUGUAAUGAAGAAUAUUUAUGCAUCAAGGAUUUUUGUGCAAUUAAAAUUGUAAUCUGUAUUAUAACUUAAUGUUAGUUCAGUUGUGUUUUGGAAAUGCUGAUUAUAGCCCAUAUGGUAGUUUAAGAAAAGGUGCAAUUGUAUUUUUUUGCUUACUUUGCUUGGUGUUAAGUACUUAAAGUAUUAAGAGUGUGGUUGUUUUUGCUUGUACAAGGACUGCAAGAUUUGAGAUGUAAGUUGCUGAUCCUUCUAGAAUGUGAAACUGGAUUAUAAAAGACAGAAUGUUAAAUAGCUUUUUUGCAGUUGUUUAUGAUUCUCCAAGGUUCCAUGAAGCUGCAGAUUUCUUGCACAAUUUUUGAACCGGACUUGCAAUUCUAAUGCUGUUCCUGUGGUGCUCAUCAACUACUUUUAAAUAGGGAAAAUGACUCGCAAUGCUACUGUAACUUUUUGUGGUAGAAUGGACCAUAUCCAUUGAUGCCUGUGGAUGAGUCAAUUGCAAACUUUGUGCAAUAUUUUAAACUUGUAUGGGAUCUUCUGAUAAUCCACUCACCAGUGUAACUUUUUUUUCCCCUAGAGGAAGUGACUGCAUGCAAUUUGUUCACUGGGUUUGUUAUUCAUUAUAUAAUAGAAAUUAUAAUUCCAAGUCUGGAAACUUUUGGUUUUGUGGGGGUUUUGAAGGUGCCUGAAAUAACAUACAAAGCAAGAAUGUGGAGCUGUAAACUUUAGUGUUAACAUUCCUUGUUACUUUUUAUUUUAACAAGUUCCUAUCCAUUCCAGUUUUCACUCUGACUUGCUGAGAGGUGAUUCUGUGUUCCCAGACUGUACAGUUCUGCCCCUCCAUGCUCUCCUUCAGUUGUAGGUUCUGUGCACGCAUUUGCUGAUGUUUAAUGACUGAUGUGGGCAGGGUGAUGGGUUUCUAGUUGGUUUGAAGGGAUUGAAAUGCUUAGUGUACCAUACAUUGUCUUUUUAAAACCUGUUUAAAUGCGCAGUAACUCAACUGUCAGUCAUGAACACUGAUGCCUUCCAAUGCAAUAUUUAAUACAACUGUUGGGAAGUUAUCUAAAGUUGAUAUCAACUGUUUAACUUUGUCUAAAGAUUAUAUUCUUGAUUUCCGGGCUAAGUUGUCAUUUCAAUAUUGCAAGAAGCUAAAUGUACGUUUCCUGUUAACUUCUGGGAAUUAAACUGCUGACUUUUUAGAUGGAGCGUAAUACUACCAGAUGAGACCAAUAAAUGCAAAGACAAUAAGCAUUUUUACAAUAA